AUGGAGUCGAUAGCCGAGGAGACUUUGCGUGACAUCCUUUUUAGGCUGCCGACGAGAGACGUCGCCCGAGGCCGCUGCGUCUCAUGGCAAUGGCGCCGUAUCCUCACCAACCCAUCCUUCGUCUACCUCCACAGCCAUGCCGCCCACGUCGUGUCCACCCCCGGCAGCACCCCAGCGGAGGCGUUGGCGGUGUUGGAGAUCCGCGUCAGGGGCAUCGGCCUGGACAUGGUCGUCCUCAACCCCACCACGGCCAAGGUCAUGGGCCGCAUCACCGAUCUAGCCCCCGCCUACAGCCCCGUCAACGCCUGCAAUGGCUACCUCCUCCUCGCCGCGCUCGGGGGAAAGUACAAGGACUGGCCGGUCUUCGUCAGCAACCCCGUCACCGGUGGGACCCUAAAGAUCCCGCCUCCGCCCAACAUCGACCUCCUCGUCAAGUACGCCAUGGGGUUCAGCCCAUCCUCCCAUCAAUACAAGCUCUUCUGCCUUUCUUAUCGGUGGGGAGCGGAGUCGCCACAGAGCUACUUGGACGUGCUCACCUUGGGCGUGGGGGGUGGUAAUAGGUGGCGACGGCACCGGCGUACGUUCCCGAACCACGCGGUGCCGGACUUCUUCCUGCCGUUGACCGUGCUCAUCGACGGCAAGCUAUACGUGCUGAUGGAGCGGCAGGGGCACUACCGGACUCCCGAUCGGAUGCUAGUCAUCGACGUGGCCACCGAGGCACGCCGCACGUUGCGCCUCCCGGUGGACUCCGGCGUGCUGCUGCCGACCGCUCAUGUGCAACCCUUCGAGCUGUGUGGCGAGCUGUGCAUCGCCGUGCGCGUCGCCGGCCAGCAGAAGCUCACUUUCUGGGUCGUGCCGCCUAAGGAUCACAGGGACGACGGCGAACGGCUGCAUGGCUGGGAGCUGCGCUACACCUUCCAUGUGAACGACGACAGCAACGACCCGCCAAGCGGCGCCUGGUUCGACGACGGCGACGGCAUGCUGUGUUAUAGGUUAGGUGAUAUUCUCCACCAGUACAAGAUCAAGGCAAAUGGGAAUAGAGCCAUAGCGGGCGGUUUCUCGGAAUGGGACCAUCGGAUCCAGCUGCCGGCAACCCUAGCACAAUCGGAAUUCGACUGGAAAAAAACUGAGGAGAAUCGGUGGAACGUCUACAGCGGCUACCGUCCCAGCUUCUCUCACCCCGAGUUGCCUUUGACUCCUUUUUGCCCUCGACGCUGCUAG